AUGACAUCUGGACAUUUUCUGUCCUCGACUAUUGAUCAUCACCAUCAUUCUAAUCGCCGAUACCAGCAAUAUCACGAGCAAGAGCAGUAUCAUCAUCAUUUUCCAACUCUUUCAACCAUUGCACCCGCGGUAUCACGAUUACACUUCUUACCACAUCAGCAUGUUAUUAUUCGACGUGCUAGUCUUCCACAACAGCAAUAUUCACCAUCUAUCAAAGAUCAUUUCACUACUUCUUCACCUGUUACGCUCAUUAAAAAAAUCGAUAUGUUACAGAUUGAUGAAGAAUUGAAAGCGUUAAAAAAGAAGAGGAAACGAUUACGUCAAUUACGUGAAGAAGUGCGUGAAUUGAGUGAUCAUCUAAAAAGCAAACGAAUAUUUUCAAAGAGUGAAUUUUUGCACAUUUGUGAUGAAUUAUUUGAGAAGCAUAAAAUGAAAGAAACGCACGUACGAUGGCGAAAACAAAUAACAACACGUGUAAAAGCAAUUAUGAAACGUUUGAGAAGAUUGGAAAGUGAAAUGAAAACAGAACGAAAUUUUACUAAAGGAAGAAAAAAAGUAGCUAAACGCUUACCAUUAUCACCGGUGAAUUUUCAUACAGUAGCAUCAUCACCUCAUACGUUACCAAUUACAACGAAUGAAAAUUUCAAGAUUAAGCGGCUUCAUUCAUCUAUAAAUCAAUCAAAAAGCGGUGAAUCGGGUGGAAUUUGUUUUGGUCAUAAUGACUGCAAACCAGGAUUAUGUUGUCAUCGUACUUCCUCAGUGGAUACAAAUUCAUCAGUGAUAACAUCAACAGCAACAACAACAACAGUUAGUUUAUGCUAUCAGUAUAUGUUGAAAGAAGGUGAAUUAUGUGAAGAUUCAUGUCAGUGUGAAGCACGAUUACAUUGCUUUCGAAGUUCAAAUCAAUUAAAAGGAGGUAAAUCGAUGACAAAAUCAAAUCGCAAUACGGAAGUCAGUUCAUUUUCAGUAUGGCAUAAGUCGGAAGAAACUACGGUGUUGAAAUAA